AUGAUCUUGGAGCGAGACGCACCAGCGCAGCUGCAGAACAGCCCAGCGACAGUUACACCGGUUCCGGCAGUCAUCGCAGACCCUAUCCAACAGUCGCUGCUUCCCAUGAUGAGCCCGGAGCAACAGCAGAGCCUACUGGUUGACGGAAUGGCUCAGAUCGGUCGGGUGGCUCUUCAACUAGAAGAGUUUACUCCAGAAGACCCAGAGCUGUUCUUCAGCAUUGCCGAACACAACUUCCACGCAGCCGGCAUCACCUCCGAGGCGACAAAGUUUGGACACAUAUGUGGCAAGCUCUCCAAGUCGAAGCACGCUGUCGAGGUGAGGGACAUCAUUCUCAAUCCACCACUGGAAAACCCUUACACACACCUGAAUUCGGAGCUCAUUAAACAUCUUAGCUCCUCUCAGGAAGAGACGACGAGGAGACUUUUGGAGGGCGCGGAAAUGGGAGACAAGAAACCAUCUCAAUUUCUGCAUCACCUACGCAUCCUGGCAGGAGCCAGCUUUCCUGAUGACACACUGCGGACACUAUGGAUAACACGCCUCCCGGCCAAUGUCCAGGCGUUGUUGGCCACACAACGCAACUCUGCUCUCGAGGAUGCCGCAGAACUCGCCGACAAAACGAUUCAGAUUCUGAAGCCGAGAAUCCCACAAGCUGCUCCACAGAUCGCCAAGGCAUACGCCCACAGCAUUGAGGCACUCUUGAGCCUCAAGAUGUCUCAGUUGACCCUCACUCUCGACGAGAAGUUGAACAGGAUGCGGGGCGAGAUCGAGAGCCGCAAACGGUCAAUCAGAGCAGACGGAGGACAUCCAGGGGGUGGCGGCUUCAGACAGGCCAGAGCCAGGUCACGUUCCCAGCACCGGCAGGCAGAAAUUAGCGACCCCUGA